AAAGCCCGGUAGCAGCCAAACCAUUCACGCACUGCUGCUCCGAUUAACCUCUGCAACAUCAUCAUUCCAUCCGACUCCCGAUGCAGGAGGCCAUGCUGCAACUCCUGUCGGCCAUGCGGAGGAGGCUGCGGUGGCCCAAGAAGCGCCGCAGCGCACGGGUGUUCGACGAGGUGGCACUGGCACGCACCGGUACCCCGGAGGAUGCAGGGGCCGCGCGACGCCCGUGGGGAGGCCUGACGAUGCUGCUGGCCAUCGCCCGCGCCCCGCUGGCCGCGGUGUCUUGCCUUGUGUGCCAGGCCGAGGACAUGGACGCCGGGGGGCGCCUCCAUGCAGCGGAGAUGGGUGACUUGAUGGUCGGCGAGGCCAUGCGUUUCGCCAUCUAUCUCUAGCCAUUAUAUAUCAUCUAAGAAUGAUAUGAUGUGAUGUGUUAGAAAAUUUUGUGACGUAAGGAAACAAGAACAGGAUUUCGAAUGGCUUCUUCGUUUCUUCGUGGCCCAAAACAAGAUUUUGCCCUGAGACAAAAAGAAAACAUCUUUCACUUGGUUUCUUGUCUUGUGUUCUUUUCUUUGGGUGUUUCUUUCUUUGUUAACAUAGAAGGAAAAGUCAAAUCGUAGCAGUGUUUUGGGAA